AUGUAUACUGAUAUUGAUGAUAGAGUUGUGUUGAAGAUUUAUUGUUAUGGGCAGAUUUUGUUGCAAACAUAUGAAGGAGUUCAAUUUGUGUGUGAAAAUCCAGUAGAUGUUGUUAUUCUGUUCACGUUGUCGUUUGAGGAAUUGAAAGGUGUGAUUUGUGAGAAGAUAGAUUCUCAAAGAUCUAGGAGAGUAUCAUGUAUUUUGUACAGGUAUCCUUUAUCUGUGUUUGGUGGGUUCGUUCAAUUUCAGACCAAGUACGUGACGGAUGAAGCGAGUAUGCAUGAAAUGUUUUCAAUGUAUAUGGAAAAUCGCCACCGAAUGUCUUAUAUCGAGUUGUAUGUUGAGUUUGAGCAAUCUAAAGCGGACCGUAACAUUGUGUUGGAAGAUUAUAAUAGUGAAAGCGAGGAUGAAUUUGAAAGUAACUAUGAGAUCGUUGGUCCAGGUGAACACGAAGAUGAAGCUGGCGGCGACAUGAAUGCAGAUGUGGCGGUAGUUGCAGAUGCACUAGCAAACCCGCAUCCGUUUCAGGAGCCUUCUUUCAUGCGGUCGUUGGAUUUGGAGGCUAUGCACGCACCGGAGUUUCCGCAAUAUAUGAAUCCAGAUGUUCUUUACGUAGAUAGAAUAGCGACAAAGAAGACUAUUAUGAUCUUACAUGUGCUUCCUGUUGUGGCGGAUGGUGAGUUCACAGUGGGGAUGGAAUUCAGUUCAAGGGAGGCAGUAAUCAAGGCAAUGAAAGAUUAUACCAUCCGGAAAGGUGUAGACUAUCGGGUAUAUGAGUCGGAACCGACGACAUUCUAUGCCAAAUGUACAGAAUAUGGUAAUGGUUGUGACUGGUUGAUCAGGGUUACCAAAAUGCAGAAGAAGUACUAUUGGGAGAUAAGGAGGUACAACGGAAGUCACACGUGUACAAGGUCUACUAUUUCUCAAGACCAUUCGAAGCUGGAGUCGAAGACAGUUGCAGAAGCAAUUAAGCCAUUGGUAGAGGCUGACCCGUCUAUAAAGGUAAAAUCAGUAAUUGCUGAAGUCCAGUCAAAGUUUAACUACACCAUCAGUUAUCGCAAGGCUUGGUUAGCAAAGCAACAGGCGGUGGAAUCAAUUUUCGGAGGUUGGGAGGCAUCGUAUGAAGCUUUGCCCAUAUGGUUUGAGGCCAUGUGUCACAAGGAGCCAUCAGCAGUGGUUCACUUCGAAACAAUGCCUGCUUACCAGGGGGAUGAUUUGGUUCCUGAUAUACGUGUACUGCAUAGAAUCUUCUGGAGUUAUUACCCUUGUAUAAGGGCCUUCAGACACUGCAAGCCAGUGGUGCAGGUGGACGGGACUCAUUUGUAUGGAAAAUACAAGGGUUGUUUAUUGGUUGCAGUCUCACAAGAUGGUAAUAACAACAUCGUGCCUAUUGCAUUCGCCAUAGUGGAGGGAGAGACUUCUGACGCAUGGUACUUUUUCCUGAGUAACUUGCAUCAACAUGUGGUGACACGUGAUGGUGUGGGACUCAUCUCUGAUCGACACGAUUCUAUUAGGUCAGCUAUUGAGAGAAGUAAUGGGGCUUGGUCUCCUCCUAGAGCAUUCCAUAUGUUUUGUAUCCGACAUAUUGAAUCCAACUUCUUGACACCUUACUUGCAGAAGCUCAUAGUCAAUAUUGGUAAGUUUAAAUACAAUGAACUUUGA